AUAUAUACUUCACCCAUCCCCAGCCUCCAAGCUCCGCCUCUCACACAACAAUUUCAGCCGGUGCCGGCAAAGCCAUCGCUCGCCAUUCAGCCACAGCUCUAUCGACCUCAGCGGCUCGCAACCGGGAACCAUGCGUCAAGAGGACUGCUGAACACGUGAGCAGGUGCUUGAGGGUUGCCGCCCUAAAGGUGUGUAGACUCGGCUCCCGUCACGUCAGCUCCUGCGCUACCUCCCUACCUACACCUUGCACGGUCCAUAGUGCAGUCUUGUCGGCGCCUAGUAGACCCCUCCGAGCUCCGCCAUCCAUCCUUUUCUUCCACCACGUCUUAAAAGCCGCCUAAAUAUUGCCGUCACCUAACACACCUGCCUGUACCUGUCUCCCUGCCUACCUGCCUGCCUGCACCUAUCUACCAACCAACCAACCUACAGCUGGUCGCCUUGCACCUGCCCUGCGCCAGUUUUGCUUCUACCUGUACCUCUACCUCCAGCAUGGGUGAAGAGAUCCCACAAGGACAGGAAGACGUGGAUUUUUUCGACGAGUUCUUUUCGCAAGUGAGCCACCUCCUGCACGAGAAGGACGAGGAGACGUGCUACAAGGAGAUGUUCCGCAUCCUUGACGACCAGCGGAAAGGCUUCAUUCCUAACGAGGACCUGCGCGACAUCCUGAAUAAGAUCAAGUCCCAGGUGGAGAUGACUGACCAAGAGGUGGAGGAGGUCAUCGAUUACAUCGACAAAAACAAGGAUGGCCGCGUGGACUUCAAUGAAUUUUACAAGUUCAUGGUCAAGGAAUGACGGAGCUCCCGAAGCGACCACGUCCCCACUACCACCUGCCACUUCCUCGUCAUCACCGUCAUCACCAACGCCAGUCACAGCUGUGAUGUCGUCAUCGCCGACUUCGAGUACCAUCUCUCCAUACCGCUCAUUUAUCACAGACCGUCAUCUUCAAAGCCAUCGUUGUCCUCAUCUGUUUCAUCCGCUUUAAAAAAAAAUCAUCCCUGUCGCCAGCUUCAUCAUCGUCAUCGUCGUUAUCGUCUUUAUCACUCUCAAUUCAAAAGUAUUUCACGGCAAAAGAACACUUCCUGUGUUGCUACUCGCCAGCUUAAGGUUUGGUUCUCCCUGUAAUGCCCUAGGUUUGUAGUGAGAAGUCUUCUGCCCUCAAGCACAUGAGCUUUUUGUCCAUUAGUGUGUCGUGGAUAUGCUGUGUGACACGUGCAGUUCACUAAAGCAUGUAUGUACACACGAACACACAUCACACCAACACACAUACAUCUGUCUCUUUCUCUCAUACACAUACACAUACACAACAUGUCUUUUAUGUGCUCCAUGUUUGAGAGAUGCCGCACACACCUGAACAGGUAAUAUCCAGCAGCGACUUGCGACUUCUGUACAACUAGCCAAGCGAGGCAGCAGUAAUAUCCAGCAACCACUUGUUAAACCUUAUAUUACUCUAGGGACAAGGGAAAUUAGAAUAAGCAAUUAUCUUAACAGUUGCUGGCAGAUGUACAUCGGCAAGUAAGACAGGACGUGACCUCUGUACCAGAGCUGUUGACGACCUCAUGUAGGAGUGAACUGUGACCUUUGACCUUUUAAACCUACACUCAUUAUAUAGCCAACAAUUGUUGCCUUUUAGAACAUUGCUAACCGUUUCUGUUCUGGACUGACCACUUUCGACAGUCCUGUGAACUCUGUGAACUGUUUCUGUAACGUUUCGGCCAAGUCGAUGGAUAUUGCUGCCGCGUGUGAUGUCACAUCCUGGACAUGACCGGGCCGCCAAGAGCAAGUGAAACACCCCCAUUCAUUUCCUCUUGGCUGAGCCUGGCUUUGCAAACGCUUUCCAUGUGUCUUGUAAUUUAUGUUUUACACCCAAGUCACUGGCAUUGAAGAUGCUUAACGAUGGGAGAUGUCAAGACAACAACAGAAGCGGCCUGACAGUCAAAUGUCUCGUCAUCAUUGUCAUCUAAAUACAGAGAGCGGUGCAUGCUGUUUUACCCAUAAAGAGUCGAUGGUGUGGACGGCAAGACAGACUGUAGAUACUGGUAAAUAUAAACAAUAGCAUUCUAGUGGCAAAUUGUCAACAAUGGUCAGCAUUCUACUCCUCAGCCCUCAGCCCAGUGGCAGACUAUUGAGCCACGUGUAGAAGAUGAGACUUUUAAGCUGCAAGUCAGAACCAACUGUCAGAUUUGUAAUAGCUGCAGUCCACUUACCACAGCUGACAAAGAGAUAAUUAAAUGACAGUUGUGAUAGCAUUCAUUUAAUUUUUAUGGCUGACAUGAAGUUAAUGAAAUCUGUAGCUUACAAGACAGGAAACCACUUGCUGUGCUGACAGUACCAUGGUUGCGACGUCCAAUAGCAUGCAAGCAUUAUAAAACUGAGCGGUCCAGGUAACAAAAAAAUAUAUAAUUUAAUAAUAAAACCUGGUUAUAUAAGAAUAUAGUAGAUAUCAAAAGAACUUCUAAAAUAGCAAACAAACAAAAAAAGAAAGAAAAAUAGAAAACUCUCUUCAACGUUGAAUGCCUUGUGUUUGAGAUCACUCGUUGUAAUGAUCCUUUGCUCCUUUCUCCUUCUUCCGGGACAAACUGUGCAAUACAAAUCAAACAUGUCAACCCGACGUGGACGACAAGCUUCACCAUGAUAACUGAAGCGUGAAAUAAAAUGAUGACUUAAUGAAGGAAAUAAAUUUAAGCAAUCCUAGCUUUUGAUUUUUGUUUACGUGUCUGAAGGUAGAAUGAAUCUGUAAACAGCUGAUGUAUUUAAUUAACACUGUUUAAGCAACAACAGACUUCUUUGGUCAUGUCUGAAUGAACGAAAAAUUAAAAACGAACAUAAAAAUCGCCGAGGUGACUGCUGUGUAGAAAAAUAAUAUUUGCAGUCUGCAUUUCUAGUCUACAUUGUGAAGAAAUGAAAAUCCUUAAGAAUGGUCAGACUGAUCAUUUGAAUACUGAUUGCCUCUCGUUGUUAUGUGUAAUACAAGCAUGUAGAUACAGUAUAUACAAUCAUAGGUAAUUUUCUAAGGCCUUAGAAGAAUCACAAAGGCAUUCACAAAUAACCACAGAUAGCUUUUGCUUGAGUUCUAUUUUCCUGUUCACACAGUGACACCCAGAUCAUUACUGAUGAGGUGAUAGUAGAUCCAUCUGCUUUAUCGGUUCGUGUGGAUUUGAUAUUGAUAUUUAUAAAGAAACUAUUAAAAGUGGAUUUCUUCUUGGAUCGUC